GUGUCUAUCCUCCUUUACAUAAACUUGCAUAUACUAAGAAACCGGAGCAAUAUGCUAUUCCUGAUCAGUAUAUUGUUCGCAUAACAUAUGGAAAAAAAAAAUAUAUCGCAGAAUGCUCUAUCCAAUAUAUCAAUGACAAGCCAUAUUUUGCAAUACAGUUUGACAAAUACAUG